CCCUUCCAAGCAUCUAGCUACACAGAGCUUCCCCUUCUACUGCUCUUUAGAACAGCUGCGUCUCGAGAGGGCAUAAAUAUAGCCGCACGCGUACGCCUAGUAUCAUUUUCGUCUCGUCAGUCAAACGUUACGAAUCUCUGCACUGCGAUGGCGCGUACCAAGCAGACCGCUCGCAAGUCUACUGGAGGAAAGGCUCCCCGCAAACAGCUCGCCACCAAGGCCGCUCGCAAGAGCGCCCCUGCGACCGGCGGAGUGAAGAAGCCCCAUCGCUACAGGCCUGGCACCGUGGCUCUUCGCGAGAUCCGUCGCUACCAGAAGAGCACGGAGCUCCUGAUCCGCAAACUGCCCUUCCAGCGCCUUGUGCGCGAAAUCGCUCAGGACUUCAAGACCGACCUGCGAUUCCAAAGUUCAGCCGUGAUGGCCCUGCAGGAGGCUAGCGAGGCCUACCUUGUCGGUCUCUUCGAGGACACCAACCUCUGCGCCAUUCAUGCCAAGCGCGUUACCAUCAUGCCUAAGGAUAUCCAGCUGGCGAGACGUAUUCGUGGGGAACGUGCUUAAUUAAUUUCUAUUUUCUAUUAUUACCCUUUAUAACAAUCGGCCCUUUUUAGGGCCA